AUGCAGACCUCACGAUUUCAGAGCAUCCGCUCCCGCUUCUCUGCCACAGGCAUCCGCACAUCUCUUCGCCGUGCAUCCUCUUCCCCAGUAGAGACUAUCAACAGCGUGCUAUCUCGUCAGCCUUCCUUCGUGGAGAUGGAGGAGGAGAGGAAGAGCUUCGGUUCAGAGCUCAACCUUCUUGAGCCAAGACCUGUUGUCUACUGGGGCGGGCUAGAGGAGCGCAUGGGAUCUUUCUAA